CUCUCCCCCUCUGCAUUUGAAUUAAAAAACAGUCACCCCCCUUCCCACCACCCCUCCUCCACCAUAAACAAAUGCUAAAAAACAGCCAUCUAAAAUUCCAUUUUCUCUCUGCACAAACAUCAUGGCCUAGCUGUUCUUGGAUCCGGAGAUUCUGGGUCUUUCAAUUUUUUGUUUAUUAAUACUGCUACUGAAAAAAAGAAAAAGAAAAAAAAAAGAAAAAGAAAACUUGUAGCCCACAAGACAUGACUUGGUAUCUCCUACCCAUUGUCCCUCCUCCCUAGGCUCAACCCCCUCCUUGUGUUCCUCCAUUAUCAUUGGGGCUUGUAGCAUAGCAUAGCUGUAAUGCCUGUAAAUCCAUGGACCCUCUUUUCCUUCCUAACGAUCAUUUUUCUUUCACUUCUCCACCACCCAUUUGUAGCUCUUGCUGUUAACCAACAAGGCCAGGCUCUUCUUUCAUGGAAGCAGAGCCUGAAUGGAUCCCCUGAGGAAUUAAGCAAUUGGAACCCAAAUGAUGAAACUCCAUGUAGGUGGUUCGGCAUCACUUGCAACCUCAACAAGGAUCUUGUCGGAUUGGAGUUGAGGUACUUGGAUUUGAUGGGUCGGGUUCCUUCAAACUUCACCUCCUUGAUGUCCUUGAAGGAGAUUGUUCUAACCGGAACAAACCUCACCGGUUCCAUCCCCAAAGAGAUUGCUAUUCUCCGGGAACUGAGCUACUUGGACUUGAGUGACAAUGCCUUAACCGGCGAAAUCCCAAGUGAGCUUUGCAACUUGCUUAAGCUCCAAGAAAUCCACCUCAAUACCAACCGGCUGGAGGGGUCCAUACCGGUCCAAAUCGGCAGCCUCACGAGCUUGAAGCAGCUAAUUCUCUACGACAACCAGCUCAGUGGUGAAAUACCCAGUCCCAUAGGCAACUUGAAGCUGCUUCAGGUACUCAGAGCCGGUGGGAACAAGAAUAUCCAAGGCGCUUUACCUCAAGAAAUCGGAAACUGCACCGAUUUGGUCAUGUUGGGCCUGGCCGAAACGAGCAUCUCGGGCUUCCUCCCACCCAGCCUCGGCCUCCUCAAGAAGCUUGAAACGCUCGCAAUCUACACCGCCCUCAUCUCCGGCCAAAUUCCUCCGGAGCUCGGAGACUGCUCGGCGCUCCAGAACAUCUACUUGUACGAGAAUUCGCUCGCCGGUUCGGUCCCAACCAGUCUCGGAAGCCUCAAGAAUCUCCGAAACCUUUUGCUCUGGCAGAACAGUCUGGUGGGCACUAUUCCAUCGGAGCUAGGGAAUUGCCAAAAACUAUCCGUCAUCGACAUCUCGUUGAACACGCUAACUGGAAGCAUCCCGAAAACUUUCGGAAACUUAUUGGCUCUGGAGGAACUCCAACUCAGCGAGAACCAAAUAUCGGGCGAUAUCCCGGCCCAGCUAGGAAACUGUACGAAACUCACCCACAUCGAGCUCGACAACAAUCAGUUAACCGGCACGAUACCUUACGAAAUCGGAAAUCUCGGGAAUCUCACAUUGCUCUACCUAUGGAAGAACAAGCUGGAGGGAGUGAUUCCGUCUUCAAUUUCCAACUGUCAGAAUCUGGCGGCCGUGGAUUUGUCUCAGAACGGCUUGACCGGGAACAUUCCCAAGGGGAUCUUCGAGCUCAAGAACCUCGUCAAGCUCUUGCUGCUCUCCAACAAUUUGUCGGGGCAGAUACCGCCCGAGAUCGGCAACUGCUCGUCCUUGAAUCGCUUCCGAGCGAACCUCAACAUGCUUACUGGGCCCGUCCCGCCGCAGAUUGGGAACUUGGCCAAUCUUGAUUUCCUGGAUCUCGGAUCGAAUCGCCUCUCCGGAAACAUUCCGGAGUUCUCCGGAUGCCCCAAUCUCACGUACAUCGACUUGCAUUCCAAUGCAAUCACCGGAAAUUUGCCGGAGAAAUUUAGCCGGCUUUCCUCGUUGCAAUUUGUUGAUUUUUCCGACAAUUUGAUUGAAGGGACGCUGAGUCCGAGUCUUGGAUCGCUGAGUUCACUCACUAAACUCGUUCUGAAGAUGAACCGGUUCUCGGGUCCGAUUCCGAGCCAACUCGGUUCGCUUGAGAAGUUACAGUUACUGGACCUGAGCGGAAACGAGCUGUCGGGGAACAUUCCGGUGAGCUUGGGUAGGAUUCCGGCGCUCGAGAUCGCUCUGAAUCUGAGCUGGAAUCAAUUCUCCGGGGAGAUUCCGGCCGAGUUCGCAGGCUUGGACAAGCUCGGGAUCUUGGAUCUCUCUCACAACCAGCUCUCCGGGGACCUCCGAUACCUCGCGGAUCUUCAGAAUCUUGUGGUCCUUAACGUAUCAUACAACAAUUUAUCGGGGCGCGUGCCGGACACGCCCUUCUUCGCGAAGCUUCCGCUGAGCGUUCUCGCGGGGAACCCCUCCCUGUGCCUCUCCGCCAACCAGUGCGCUUCCGACAAGCGCAGCAAUUCAGCCCGAAGACGAGCCGAGGCCGCGCGCGUGGCGAUGAUCGCCCUCCUUUGCGGCGCGUGCGCACUGCUCCUGGCUGCGCUCUACAUCAUCGUCGUUGGAUCGAAGAAAAGGCGCAGUGGGGGCCCCGGAUUCGGUGGGGCUCACGACUGUGACCUCGAAGGAGAUGGUGACGUGGACAUGGGCCUCCCCUGGGAAGUGACACUAUACCAGAAGCUCGACCUAUCCAUUUCCGACGUGGCCAAGUGCCUGACAGCUGGCAACAUAAUCGGCCGCGGACGAACCGGCAUAGUUUACAAGGUCACUAUUGCGUCGGGCCUAGCCAUCGCCGUAAAAAGGUUCCGAUCGUCAGAGAAGGUCUCCGCAUCGGCAUUCUCGUCCGAGAUUGCCACCCUGGCCCGAAUCCGACACCGAAACAUAGUCCGACUACUAGGUUGGGGGGCUAGCCGGAAAACCAAACUGCUUUUCUACGAUUUCUUGCCUAACGGUACUUUAGGCGCGUUGUUGCAUGAGGGAUGCGCAGGAUUAGUGGAGUGGGACACUCGGCUCAAGAUAGCAUUGGGCGUUGCAGAAGGCCUCGCGUACUUGCACCACGAUUGCGUGCCUGCCAUAUUACACCGGGACGUGAAGGCACAUAACAUAUUGCUAGGCGACCGGUACGAGGCUUGCCUCGCCGAUUUCGGCCUCGCAAGGUUGAUCGAAGAUAAUGGCAAUUCAUUUUCGGCUAACCCGCAAUUUGCUGGGUCGUACGGCUACAUUGCUCCGGAGUAUGGUUGCAGCUUAAAAAUCACAGAGAAGAGCGAUGUCUACAGCUUCGGGGUGGUUCUGCUAGAGAUAAUAACAGGGAAAAAGCCAGUGGACCCAUCAUUCCCCGAAGGAAAACAUGUUAUUCAAUGGGUUCGAGACCACUUAAAGAGCAAGCAGGACCCAGUUGAGAUCCUGGAUCCCAAGCUUCAAGGUUAUCCAGACACACAAAUACAAGAAAUGCUGCAAGCUCUGGGAAUAUCCCUCCUCUGUACAAGCAAUCGUGCCGAAGAUCGCCCGACAAUGAAAGAUGUGGCAGCAUUAUUGAGAGAAAUUCAGCAUGAGCCCACGGUUAAUGGAGGCGAGCCCCACAAGCCCACCGCCAACUCCGUCAUCAACAAGAUGGCCGACACCACCACGACGUCGUCGGUAACCCCGGCUCAAUUGGCUCUCCUCCAAGGCUCUUCUAAUUGCUCCUUUGCUUACUCGUCUUCUUCAGCCGGUUAUUUAUCAGGAAAUAAUUAAUUCCCAGUCGAUAAUUGAUUUUUUAUUAGGAGUAGGAGUAAUAUUAAGGGAAUUGUAAAGAGUUACCCAUGGUUUGUUUUGCAUAAUUUGGAAACAAGA